AAGUCAACCCACGGUUGUAAACCAAAAUGAAACGUCAUGAAGGUAAAUAGAACAUAAGAAAACAUCUGUGAAAACAAAAUCCACCGUAUCAAAACAACGAACUACCGAUUGGGAAAUUUACGACUCGUUGGAAAGCGUUCAGCUUGAAACAAACCGCCCAAAGUUAUGGUUCAAUAGUGAGAUCAUUGCGAUAGAGUACAUUAUAGCAGUGCUUUCGAUCAAUUACUAAAAUGGCAGAAGAACUGGCACACGAUUACUCUGGCUACUUCAAGGCAUCGAACCUAGAUCAGGAGCUAAAACCGAUCACGGUUGGGAUCGAUCGGAUGAUGCUGCGAUUGGAAGAGUUUGAAAACUUGCUCGAGCUCGUAAAGGCCGAAUCGGGUGUGGCGCUGAACCAGAACGUACCGAAACUGUUGGCGCUACACCCUGAGCUGGACGUGCUGUGCGAGCGUAUCGACAAGCUGGAACAGUUCGUGCAGAUGGUUGGCCGGAAUCUGGAUGCGGUCGAGAAACAGGUGCAGAUUGCGGAGGAAGAGCUCGACAUACCGGACAAGACGAUAAACGUGCUGCUAAAGUCGUUGAACAUUUUCGGCAAACCGAAACCCACCGAACGGCUCACGAACCGGAACGCAAACGGGACGUACGAGCCGGUGCCGGUGUUCAAGACGGAACAGUACUUCCGACCAAAUGGACCAGAACAACCGAACGCAACCUCCGAUAGGCUAAGCGAAGAGGAACAACCAUCGCCCUCCUGUGAAGACGACUGUGAUACUGGAACGCCGGAAAAGUGAAUUCAUUUGGUUGGAUUAUUUGCAACUGGCGUGGACAUUUUUAAAGGAAGCAAUCAAGACAAUGAAAUGUAAUGCAAUAAGCUCAUUAAACCGUAAUACGAUAAAGUACUUUACAAAAUAAGCUGUCGAAAAUGGGUACGGGUUAAUGUAGAAGAGAAAUGCAGCAAGUUUUAAUUUGGUGGGAUCAACAAGAACUCAGAUUUCAGUUUCUUGAUGCCAGAUAUCGGAUCUAAGAGCCCAGAUUCGAGAUCUCGAAUCGUCGGAGCCGGGAUCUAGGAGCCAGGACCAAUGUUUUAUCUUAAGGUAUUCUUCCGUUUUAACCCAGAGUUACUCCAAAAUCCAGAAUAAAAAGAGAAACUGGCAACAAAUCAA